AUGUCGCACAAUCUAGCACUUUUACUGGCGUCGCCAGGCGAUGUCUCCGAGUCGUUGAAGGCUGGUAUACAAAUUGUUGCAAAAGUGCGUUCUAAUGAAGAAGAUCAACGAAAAUCCGCCCGUUCCUUGGCUGGCGUCCUGCUCGAUAUUCGGCACAUGCAGAAUUUGUUGGAUAAAAAAUGUGUUGAGAUGUAUGACGCGUUCUAUCGACAUCGAUUUACAAAACAAGAAGCGCUUCAAGCGAUUAGCACGUUUUUCGCACGAGAUCCGCCAUCACAAGUUUAUAUGGUAUACUAUAGUGGUCAUGGUGAGCGAAUAACAGGUAACUGGGUUUUUACAGAUGGAACGAUUUCCUACGAUGAAAUUAUUAGCAUGUGGUGUCAAUCGGGCAAGUCCGAAAACUAUGGAUUGUGGAUUAUCAGUGAUUCAUGCUUCUCAGGGCAAUGGAUUCAAACAGCGCACCACCUUAACACAUCCAACUGUAUGUUUAUCCGUAUGUUGUGCUCAUCAGAAGCAAACAAAGUGUCAUAUGACACUUCAGAAGGCGGUGAUUUUACUAUAAAGUUCACACAGGGAAACCAUGAGAGACUUGCUACUCCUGCUGUAAGCUGUGAGAUUGUGUCCGGGCGAAUGCAGAAAAGUAUUAUGCAUUCUACCAUUGGAAACUAUGUUGAACAGAAUUGGCUACAGCCGACUCAAGUCAAUAGCUCAAAUUAUGCCGAGCCCUAUCGCGCGCAAGCAGAUUUAGAAAAUGAUUUAUACACUUCCCAUCCAGGGCUAUAUUCUAUUCGUGAUAUGCGGCAAGAAAGAGUACAGCAAGCUUACCAUUUACGCCGGGAAAGAGCGCAACAAACAUACCAACAGCAACACGAACGGUCGCUGGAGGUUUAUCAAAACCGAAACGCUCGAAUGCUAGAAGUUCAACAAAAUCGAAACCAACGAGUACAAGAAGCUCAACAGCGAUCGAAGCACCAAUACUCAUCAAAUCACGUACAAACGAAAUAUCAUUGA